ACUUUUAAUACACUACAAGUUUGCAUUUUUCCUGCAGUGAGUGAUACAAUUAAGAUCCUACAUCUGUAGCCUAUCAGUAAUUUGGUUAUUUGGAUGGCAGCCUUUUGACUUGACAGGGUAAUGAUGUGGUAUCUUUCUGCUUAAAUCUUCAUUAUAACCUUAAACCAAUCACUGUAAAGGUUGCUAAUGGUGGGCUCAAUAAUCAAUCCACUGAUUGGAUGCCCCCACAUUCUAAUUCUAAUCUAAUGUAUUCAGUAAUAUAGACCAGAUCUGUUUCUCAAAAUGUGGUUCCUGUAUGGUAAAUCUGGGACUAAACUAUGGGAACGUUGUAAUGUAUUUUUGAAGCCUCGUUUGUGGUUUAUUUGUUGUUGCAUAUUUUACAGCAUUAAGAUCUGUGGGAAAUUAUGACCACUGCCACAGGUCAAUGACGUUGCAAGGGGCAAGCAAUGCUGAGAAAUUUGAUUAUGUCAUGAACUUCAUGAACAAGCUGGCAGGAAACGAGUAUGUGGGUUUCAGCAAUGCCACAUUCCAGUCAGAGAGGGAGUCUGGAGACCGUAACUUUGCUAUCGGCUACUACCUGAAGGAAAAGAAGUGCUUUCCAGAGGGGACAGACAUGACCUCCAUUUUAGACCUCUACUUCCAGGUGAGUAUUUGUAUUUGGCAGCAGCUACUCCUCCUGGGGUCCAAACACAUUAAGGCAGUGGUUCCCAAACCACUGUUGUCUGCACUCUUCCUCUAUGCUGUCUGGCAGGUUGGACUUCCAGCUAAGUCAGGUGUGGCAGGGGGCAUCCUGCUGGUGGUGCCCAACGUCAUGGGUAUCAUGUGCUGGUCCCCGCCACUGGACAAGCUGGGUAACAGUGUACGAGGAAUCCAGUUCUGCACGGAUCUGGUGUCCCUUUGCAACUUCCACAACUACGACAACCUGAAGCACUUUGUCAAGAAGCUGGAUCCUCGCAGGGAGGGCGGAGACCAGAGGGUGAAGUCGGUCAUCAAUCUUCUCUUUGCUGCGUACACUGGCGAUGUGUCUGCACUGAGGAGGUUUGCUCUGUCUUCCAUGGACAUGGAGCAGAGGGACUACGACUCCAGGACGGCCCUCCAUGUGGCUGCAGCAGAAGGGCAUGUAGAGGUGGUCAAGUUCCUGUUGGAGGCAUGCAGGGUCAACCCUGUUCCCAAAGACAGGUGGGGUAACACACCAAUGGAAGAGGCAGUGCACUUUGGACACCACGACGUUGUGACCAUGCUCCAGGACUACAACAACAAGUACAGUCCACCGGGGGGCGCCACUGAGGACAAAGAGAAGGAGAUAUCAGAGAAGAACAUUGACGGCCUACUAUGAGCCAACUAAUACUCUUAUCUAUCCAUAGAAAUAAAAUAACUAGAACGGACAUUCCCAUUGAAAUUAUAUAUACGUGAUCUGAGAGGCUUGGUCCUUUCCAGUCAUUCUAUUUCUAUGGCCCCUUUAACUAUCUGGAAGACUUACUGUAAGUGUGUGGUCCAUUUGUCACGUCAGUGGUAGGUCACGUAUACUGUUGAUAAUACUGUAUUGUUGAUUUUGUAUAAAAGUAUUGUAUUUCUAGCGUUUAAAAAAAAAAUAUUGACCUUUGACUUUUCCCCGGAUGUUUUUUGUUUUUUUUGUUUGUUUCCUUUCGCGUCGCUUUUUUAUGUCGUACUGCUCACUGCGCAACUCUCCCUCGGUGUGUGUCAGCACUAUGUGGAAUGUAUUUUCUACAUUUAAGUGCACAAAACAUUUCUCUUUAUGUACAACCUGAACGUAUGCAUAAGAUAAAUGUACACGUUAUGUAACGUGUGUGUAUAUCCCUGAAAUUAAUAUAAUAUCAGAGGUAGAUGGAUUCAGUGUAAAUACUAUUUAAUCUGAAGUGAAAUCAAGUGACUCUCACUGGCACAGCUUUUGAAGGAAAUGGGUAAAGUACACACACUGUGCAUUAGGCUUAAGUGUGACUAUUUUGGAGGCAGAAUGUGUUACAUAAACUAUUCCACAUGUUCACAGAUCUAGGUAGCCUGGUUGCGCUGUAUAUGGCACUGGCUAUACAGGCCAGACAGAUCUGGGACCAGGCUAUCUAUGGUUUAAGACCUCUGGUCUUUUGAUUUAGGCCUAGUAGCUCCAUAUGAAUUGAAAGUAUGGCAUUAUGUGGAGUGAGUUUAGUUUUGUUGGUUUGCUAUUUGAUAGCUAGACAUUUUUGCACCUUUUUCUCCAAAAUAACAAAAUCUUUUUUUUAUUGAUUGUUCUAGAAUCUUGUUUUAAUUUUGAGUAGAAAGAGGGUUAUUUGUUUAAGUGUCAGCCAAAGAUUUUCUGUACGUUUGCUCCACCUGAUAAGUCUAGUCGGCGACUUCAAAAAAGAGCAUAUUAUACGUGAGCCGCCUCAGGAGCAAUACAAUACAAUUCAACCAGCAGCCAUGUGCUCUUUACAGACAGGUUUCCCACCUAUGCUAAGUCAAAUUUUAGGGCAUAAACAUAAAACAUUGAUUUAUCACUUCAUGGAUACAGCAGUGUCAAUGGUGUUACUAUUAUGCCUUGUCACACAAGUUUAUUUGUCAGAUAUUUGGUUUUACAUGGAUUUUAUCUUCAGUUAUAGACAUUACACUUUUAAUGAAUGUUUUUAGUUCGGAACAACUCCACAAUGGUGGACUUUAAAUCUUGCCGUACUCACCCAAAUGCAUCUUUUGGGUAGAGAUAAAAUAGUUAUCCUCAUGGGCCUAUAUGAAAGCAGAACACUAAGACGAUUCUACACACAACUAAUUGAUCACUUUUUAUGCAGAGAUACGCAUAUUGAUUGUUUAACUGUUUAGAGUGUAAAAGUAAAAUAAACGUAUACGCCUAUACUUAAAGUCAGGUUGUUUUGGUGAGAACUAGUGUGUGUGUGUAUUUGUUUGUGUUAUUGACUAUGGGAGGGACAGCGACUACAAAUCUGGUAAUGACAGAGGACAUUGAUGGCAAUCUCAAGCCCUAAACUAUUAUGCUAAAAGUACCUAAGGCAACAUACUUGUGAUUUGAUGAAUGAAUAUAUUUUGAUUGAAUAACUCAUCUCAAGUGUUGCUUUCAUUGGAUUUGACUUGACUUUGUCUCUCCAGUCCCUGUUGCACAAGAAGCCUCGUACGUUUGAGUGUUUAUUGUUCCCCUGUGUAGGUGCAGGUCAACUUCAACAUUAGCUAAUUAUUUUGAAUGUACCACAGGUGUAUACUGAUGUCAUCAGUUUGUUUUCAUUCAAGUAUAUCUACUUUAGCUGUGUGUUGCAGGCAAUGGAGAUAUAUUUAUUUCAAUGAUCAAACAAUAAAUAAAGAUAACUUUAAAUAUGGAUAUCUCCC